AUGCACCUAUUCAGGCUCGUAGAUUUCAACUACUCCGUGGGCUUAGAUGUACUGAAAAGUUUUGACAUAGUUAAUUACCUAAUAGUAGUCAUUGUACUGCUAGCAGUAGUGCUAGCCAUAUUCAAUGAAGACGCAUCGACGGGAUCGCCAAGAUUAUCAUGGGUAUUAGGAGAGUUCCUACCAAUUCAGCAGUCGAUAUUUUCAUUAAACGCCAAUGCAGAGAAGAAAUUAUUUAAGAAGAAAAAUAGCAAGACAUAUGCAUUUAUCACCUUUAUUUGUAAUUUAUUCAUCAAGCUGAAAUGCGCUAUCACGGAAGGAACAUUCUUACAUUUGCUAAUAGGGUUCUACAAAAAUGGAAUCAACAAAUUAGUACUAUACAAAAAUCUGGCUAUCUUAAAAAGCAAAUCGGAAUCCAAAAGGCACUUUUAUUAUCUGAUUCUGAAGGAUAAGUAUAAGCUACCAAUUGAGAAAGGUGAAAAUGAAAUGAAGAGCUAUUUAGAUGCAAAAAGGGAACUUGUUCGAAUGAAUAAAUGGGCCUUUAUGUGGAAGGUAUCUGGUGUAAAGAACGAAUACAUCACAUGUGAAAAUGCCAAAGUGAGACCCAUAUCAUCUUACUCUUAUCUAGACUUUAUAAGAGAACCGCUCGUACAGAAUUCUGCCAUUAAGGCAGCCAUGGAGUGGUCAACAGGAAAUCAUGGCCCGAGAUUACUAGGGGGGAAUAAUGAAAUUUUAAGAGAUUUAGAAAAAAAGGUGGGACAAUUUUUUGGUAGAAAUGAUUCUAUUUUAGCUGUUUGUGGAUUCUUAGCUUGCAUGUCAGGUAUCGCAGCUGUUGCUACGCCAAGUGAUCUCGUCCUUUAUGAUAGCCGAACACAUGCGUGUGUAAAAAUAGGAAUUCAAAUAAGUGGUGCCAAGGCAUACACCUUUAAACACAACAAUUAUAACAAUCUAGAAAUCCUCCUUCUAAAACAUAGAAGCAAAUAUAGAACCUGUUGGGUGUGUAUAGAAUCUGUUUACUCUAUGGAUGGUGAUAUUCCUCAUUUGCCAUCCUUUAAGAAAUUGUGCAAUAAAUAUAAUGCCAAGUUAUUUGUUGAUGAAGCACACGGAUUAGGUGUACUAGGAAAAACAGGGAGAGGAUUAGAAGAGCAUUUUAACAUGCCAGGAUCUGUAGAUUUAAUAGUUGGAACAUUUAGUAAAUCCAUCGGUUCUGUUGGGGGAUAUAUUGUCGCAUCUGAUGAGGUCAUAGAAUUUAUGGAUAUACAUUGUAUAGGCAAUGUUUUUUCAGCCCCACUACCUUCAUACUGUGCAGGUGGUGCAUUAAAAGCCUUCGAAUUGAUAGACACACAACCUUGGAGAAUUGAGAAGCUUAAAUUCAACACCAAAUAUUUAAGGAAUGGAUUAAGAACAGGUAUGGGUCUAUGGCCAAAGGAUUAUCCAGAUAGUAAUAAAUACGUCAUCGAAGGGGAUGAUGAGACGAGUGUCAUUCCAGUAAUUUUUCCAAAUGAUCCAGACAGAUUAUUAAAAAUUUGUAAUGUUCUUUUUCAAAAGAAAUGGAUGAUUUCGGCUGUUACGUACCCUGCUUGUCCAUUGAAGCUACCCAGAUUUAGGGUUACUGCUACUUCUGCAUAUUCCGUGGAGUACAUGAACGACUUUAUACGAGAUUUGAUUAGUGCAACCAUCAGUGUGGAGCCCUCUCCCUUUGAUAGAGGCCUUUUGUGA